AUGACUUGGAGAAAAAUAUUAGUGGUGAUAACAGUCUUAACAUCCACAUCUAAAAGCCAUGACGUAACAAAACGUGGUCUUAUUUUUCCUCCAACGAGUUUAUACGGGAUGUUUUUAGCUAUAGCCGUACCUCUCGACAUUCCAGACAAAAACGUAUUCGUGUCAUAUAACUUUGAGGCUAAUUACUCGGUGGUCACAAACAUAACGGAGCUGGAUGAAGUCAUAUUCCCGAACCUGCCAGUGGUCUCAGGUCGUCACGCACGGAGUAUUACCAGGGAAAUGGCGUACAUGACUCUGGAAACUAAAUUCAAGGAAUACGGUAUGAAUGGUAAGGAAUGCAUGCUUCGUAAUAUAUGCGAAGCAGCUGAAACACCGCUCUAUAACAACGGUUUCGUGGGACACAUCAUGCAUAUCAUAUUCACACCAUCAUCAUCAAAAGAGGAAGGACUAGACGAGGACUACUACAAAGCGGAGAUGGAUGGACUAAGAGGCGACUGCGAUGAAUAUCUCGAGCUUUGUCCUUUUAGCCUCUUUGACGUCAUCACAAGAUUAGUUGAGACAAAACAACCCGAGAAAUAAUACUUGUUUUUAAAGAUUUCUAAUAAAAUUUGCAAAAACUGAAAUAAA